GCCAAUGGCUGUUGCUGACAGCAGUGGUGAGAAUAGCAGCAGGGAGAGACGACGAGCGCCUGAGAAGUGGUCGUUGGGGCUUCAGAUAGCAGCACGAUUUCGGCCUGUCCGUGCACGCUCUGCUCCCUGUGUCUUCUGGCGUAUAGAACAUGGCGAGGGAAUAGAGGAGGCGCAGCAGAACAGAGCCACUCAGAUGGUCGGAGCUCAUCACAGCUGACCUUGUAAAUUAGACAGCCGUUGGUCUGGAUGAGAAAGGUAGAAGAUUGCAGUAGGGGGGGGCGAACAGAUGAACGGAUUGGUCAUCAAUUCAUUCAGUCAAGCGACUCCAGGGCUUACUUCAUAGUAGUUCCUCGCAGAGUCAAGGAGGGUUCACAAAGUCGCAAGAUCCCCACAGAGAGCAUCCCUUAGACGUAACACAACCGAAACGACACGCCUCAAGCGCGAACUAUCCGUCUUAACUCGCCUAACUCAAAUUUCGCUUUUCCCUUUUUUUGCCUCCUCCUCCUCCUCCCACAGUUUUUUCUCCUCUUUCCUCGCUCUCGUCCCUGUCGUCCUCAUUCUCUCGCUCUUGUCCACCAUCUCCUUCUCUGUUUUCUUCUCCCUGUUCUUCUCUCACUUCUUCUUGUCUUUCGUCUCCUUCGCGACUGUGUGUUCGUCAUUGCCGUGAACGUGGUGUGGAUGUUGGGGCUCUCUGUCAAUCGGAAGGCUCAGCUCGAUGGUGCCCUGCGCUCGCUGAGCACUGAUCUCCGUUCCCGGGGGCUCGGUAGUACUCCGUCAAAAAAAUUGUGCGAUGACAGAUGUUGGCUUUUCGGUGUGGUGUAUUCGGGUGAUGGUAGGCCAAGCACAAGAAAAGUAAGAGGAGUGGAAGAAGAGAAGGAAGCAGAAAGAAAAGGGUAGAGAAGAAGGAGGAAUUCAAAGUAGCACAACGUUUCGGCAUCGGCAGUGCGUUCUAGUUGAUGUGUGGGAGGGGGAGGGCGGGGGGGGGCAAGAGUCCAUGACGAGCCUUCGAGUUGCACGCUACAAGGUCGAGACGAACAACGAACGAUAUAGGGACAUUUUACGAGGGUCAAGGAAUUCGGUCCGCCUCGCUGACUCCUAUUGGUAUUACCUACCUUGACACCUUGACGUAGGGAGGAGGACAUAGGUAGAGGAGAAGCCGGCAUAUUACUGUAAAAGGUGUGCAGACGGGCGAUAGUGUGUGCAGAGGGAAACGUACAGUGAAGUAAAUGGAUAUGAGAGAGAAAACGAGUAGGAUGAAAGGCCGCGCCGAUCCGGGCCCGACUCGAGCGCGUUCUCCUCCGUGUUUCCGCACUGCCAAUAAUCAUUCUUCUGCGGCCAUGAUUCCCUGGCAUUUCUCGUCUGCUUCUUCGACCUUGACUCCCUCCUCCCCGCCUUUCUCCCCCUUCUCGUCUUGCUCCAGUGUAACCCCCGUUAGUGCUACGGGUAGUUCUUGUGUGUCAACUUCUUCCGCCGCCGUUAGUGCUACCUCGAUGGGUGCUUCUUCUCUGUCUUGUCCCCCCUCCUCUGCCUCCUCGCCUUCUUCGUCAUCAUCGUCUUCGCAAUUUCAUCUGCUCUCUCCGUCUGCCAUGGUCGGUGAUUCAGCGACGGCGGCAGCCUUAUCCCCGCCGUCUCCUGGUGCCUCGCCACAGUUUGCGAUUGUCACGGGCACCAAUUGGUUCCCGGUUCGCAUGCGCCUGAUUAGCUUGCUGCCAAUCGUGCAGCUCAUGCUUUUGCUAGCGGGCGCGUUCUGGUACACGUCAUUUCAUGCUGGACAUGGCGACGUAGAAACCGUCACUACGGGGGUUAUCCUGCCAGGGGGGAAUCAGUCGCUGCUGCGUCCGACUGCAUCACGCUUCUCUUCUUCGUCAUCGUGGUGGUCUGUGGUUGUGGUAGAUAAGGGUAGAGGAGGAGGAGGAGGAGGAGGAGGAGGAGGAGGAGGAGACGGAGACGGAGGUGAGCCACCUGGGCAAUUGACUUUGGAGCUGGAUCCGCGGCUCCGCGAAUUGGUCUAUGGAUCGCGACGGCGGUCGUCUUCCGCCCAUGCACACGUGUCAAUGAAGGAGACCGGAGAGGACGUGGAAAAGAAAAGGGAGGCCGAGGAGGAGGAGCAAAGGAGGUGGGGACUAUGUCGCAUUCCCAGCAUCGCUCUGAGGAGGAGAAAAGGGGUGAAGUACCAUGGAUUGUACGUUCAAGAGGAUAUCAGUACGUCGGCGUUCCCUUCUCCGUUUCUGCCUUCGACACCUUUGUCCUUCCCCCGAUGGCUAGCUGCGAAGCGUCCACCGCCUGCCGUGCAGCAGGGACUCUUCUCAUCGCUGUCUCCACCACCUCCUCCUCCUCCUCCUCCUCCUCCUCCUCCUGCAAGGAAGACGAUGAAUGGCUACUUGGUGACGGUUAGGAAAGAAGGCGCCACUUAUUCUUGCUCAAAGGCGCCGUACGGGUGUUAUCGUCCCGGUCGGCCGCCUGCUAGAGCCGUCAUUUUCGAUGGUCAUCGGGCGCGAAAUUACGCCAAGUAUAACAUUUCCUGUGUUUGGCCUGACGGACAAGCUACGGCGAUGCAUGUUCUGCCCGUCCAACAGUUUGGAAUUAUGUAUUGCGAAGCCCCGCCGGCGGCCUCGGCCGCUGCGGUGGCGGGCACCGAGCAGCAGCGCGACGGCGGCAUUGGCGACUCCUAUUACUCUCGUUUCUCGACGCCCUCGUCGUCUUCGUCUUCGUCCUCGUCGUCAUUGUCAUUGUCGCUGAGUAACUUAUGGGCUGUGAACGAUUUGCGAGGGCGCUGCGUGAGAGUGCGCCAAGAAGCUAAUUCGACCAUCGCCCGCACUCGAUUCUGUGAGCCGGUGGUAUUGUUCCCACCGUCCCCAGGGCGGCGGUAUAAGCUGUCGAUCUGUAUGAAGACAAGGGAUCAGAGCCGAUAUCUCCGAGAAUGGCUGGUGCAUCAUCUUCUUCACGGCGUGGAGCAUGUCUUCGUCUACGACGACAGCAGUCAGGAGGAGUUAUUCGAAGCGCUUCGCCCAUUUGUCGCGCUCGGAGUCGUGACGUACGUAUGGUGGCCAGAUGCGGGGAGGAGGAGGGAUCAGGCGGUGUACGGGGAUUGCGUGUAUCGGUUCAGGUCGAGUAUGGCGGGAGGAUGGGUGGGGAUGGUGGACGUGGACGAGUUCGUCGUGGUUAUGGGUGCGGAGAAAAGAAGAACGUCAGAACAAGCGGGAGCCGGGGGGAGCGGGGAAGACGGCGGAGAAAGGGAGGGGGCUGGCAAAAAGCGGGAGGAGGAAGGAUCUGGUGAAGAAGGGGGGUGCUCGGCGGGAAACGCCGUCGCAAGGGGUAAUGACGAGGGGGAGGCGAACACGAGUCUCCCGCCUUGCAACGCCACGGAGCAGGCGGGCGGAUCGGCGGCGGGAGGGAGAGAAUCGGAAGGAGGAGGUAGAGGGGGUGGAGGUGGUGGAGGUGGUAAACAUCGCCAAAAAGCGCCUGCGGUGGGGCUCGAUGCCCGCUCUUCCGUGCCUCCGGCCGACAGCUACGACCCUGGUGAAUUCCUUAAGCUUUUGGAGCGGUAUAACGACGAUGACGACGUGUUCGGCGUGUACUUGCCCUACGCUCUCUUCGGUCCUUCCGGUCAAAUCAAGCAUCCGCGCGGGCUGGUUUUGGAAAGCUACACGGAACGACGACCGCUGAUUACUCCGGACGCCACGUGGUCCCCAGUCAGACGUCAGGACAUGAAGAACGGGAAAAGCUUUGUGAAGGCGGACAGGUUUUUGACGGUGGAGAACGCGCACCUAUUCAUUCCCACACACGGCGUGACUCUGCCCCUCGACGGCUUGGAAGUCCGCUUGAACCAUUACCGAGUGAAAGCGUUCGACGAUUUCAUGCAGCAGACGAAGUGGAUCCGACGGGACAGCAGAGAGGGUUAUGAGCGGUUAUGGCGGGAUCUCGGCAGAGAAUAUUCCGGUAUGGAAGAUCGCUACAUCUUGGGCUUCGUGCCACGUGUCAAAGAGGCGUUGGACUCGCUCAAGCAACUCGACGAUAGCAUCAUUUGGGAAGUCAAGAAGCGGCGGCCCACAGGCAACCCAGCGCGUUGGGACCCUGACACAUCGGAUCCAGAUCAAGAUGGAACAGCAACCGGAGCGGGUCCGCCGCCCAGCAGUGCCAUGUACCUUGUCUGCCCCAUUUAAGGCAUGGUACUUUCACACCAGCACUUUGCUAAAUGCAGCUGGGUGCAAUUACGGGCAGAGGAGGACGAAUCUGACCGCAAUGAUGUCCAGAGCGUAGUAGCAUAGUUAGUUGACCAUGCCCUUGGUUGCGCUUAUUACUAGUAAUAUGAUCGAUUCCUCGGCUGCUCUUGGGCCUCGCUCCGCCACUCUCGUAGUGUGCAGAAGGCAAAGGCAACGAAUGGGGGCGGGUAUCCCUUUCCCGCUUUCGAGCGGAAGAUUGGGCCUCGCUGCAUUCCUCGCGAAAUGUACAAAACGAGAAUGAAACUUCCUCUAGAACAUGGAAAGAUGCACCGCGAUAAUUUUUGUCGUUUUUGCAUUUGGUGAGUGGUGCGGCGAGGACCAUAGACUCGCCAUUUUAACACAUUUGGAGGCAGGCGCUGCGAGACUCCUUCCCCGAUUUUCAUUUUCCUCAUCUCGUCUGAGGGCCAAUGGCGGCAAACUGACUCCUUCCCUCCUCAUCCUUUUUCCGCCUCUCCCCGUUUGCUUUAUAUGUGUGUCUCUACUCUAUCUCCGAGAUUCGCACGUCUACCGAGCGCGAGAGGGUUCGAGCGCAGAGCGCUUCGAGCGCGGCGGAAGUUAUUUUACAGGUCGAGGCAAAGUUUCUUAGCCAGGAGAUGCAGUCAGGCCAGAGAUUGGCCUGCCUGCAACUUCGCAGUGAGCUGGACCGAUGCUCUCCUCCCAUAUCUACUGGUUUUGCUUGGCUUACGUAUUCGUUCGUUUGUUUCUCUCCCCCCCCUCCUUCCCCCCCAACCCCCCUUGUCUCGAUUACGUGUGUCGUUUGAUUCCGUGCUCGCCCCAAGUACUUAAUGCGUAGACAGAUUCAAGCAAAAAAAUGGGAAAAAGCAGGAGGCGCACGAGGACAAGCUUCGACUCGACUACAGUUGGUAGGGCCUUAUCAUUUCGCUUACGUGUUUACGGUGCUGCUUCCUUUUCGUUCCUCCUCGCAGCAGCACACAGGUGAGAGAGCUGAAUCUGAUUCUGCUUCCACCAUCCGUGGGCAGAAGCCGGGGUGUGAUCAACUCACUGAGAGCAAGUAGGCGAAGCUGUGCCGACUGUGAAGGGUGCACUGACUAUACGAUAAUUUACUGUAUUCCGCGCCAAAAGUAAGUGGUCAGUUCUUUAGACCGGGGACCGGGGGGGGGAGAGAGAGAGAGAGAGAGAGAGAGAGAGAGAGAGAGAGAGAGAGAGAGAGAGAGAGAGAGAGAGAGAGGGAUAAGCAUGGUGUUGAAAGCGGUUCUUUUUUCUUUAUUGUUUUUUGUUUUCUGUUUUUUUUUUGGUGGGGGGGGACCAUCAGGAGAUUCGUUUCUGGCUAUUUGAGACGGUAGUUUUAUCUUAGAUUUGUCGUUGUCAUUGAGGGAUCUUUCUGUUCACAGUGUCAGUCUGAGAGGUUUGUGUUAUUCCUCCCCUCCCCCUCUACUUCUCCCCCUCACUCUCUCCUGUUUCCCCCCGUCCUCUACAAGCAGUUACGAUUAGGAUAGUACAUAGCUUUUAGUUUUCCUGUUUGUACAUUUCCUGCUUGAGAGGAUUGGGGGUCAGACGAGAGAGAGAGAGAGAAAGCGAGAGGGAGAGGGAGUUAGCGGUGCGGUGGUGCGGUGCGAAAAUGAAAGGGUGGAGAAGAAAGCCGAGGUGGAGAAGAAAGCCGAGGAAAGAACGAGUACGACGAGCAGAAUUCAGAUGAGGAUUACAAUGUAAGAAACGCGGAGAGAUGGAAGGGCACGUAUGGCAGCUCCGCGGACAGCAGACGCCCUCGAGAUGGAAGGAUUGAGAAUGUCUUUCUUCGACCCAGUUCUCGUUUGCGGAGCUGAGAGCGGAGAGUCAAAGGUUUCCUUGUUCGACACCGAAAAUGUGGAGAUUUGGGGCAUCAGACUCGCAUUGUGAGACCUCUCUGUGAUUGCUAACCCCCUCUUUGUCCUCCUUUCCCUCCUCCCCCUCCGCCUCCUCCUCCUCAUCCGUUGGCACCGCCGUGGCUGCCACUGCUUCUGCUGGACUUGCCUCUUUUGGCUGUGAUAGCGAAGGGCGUUUGGAGGAGUGGAGUGACUAUAGCGCUUUGCACUACUUCGCCUUGGGCAAGGACCAUAGGAUGGAAGUGGAGUUGGUACAGCCAUGGACUGUUGAAAUACAGACCCAAGUUCAAAUCCAGCUACCGUCAGAGGUGCAGAAAGUAGUAUUAAUUAUUGUUAAUUGAUCAAUCAAUAACUUUAUCGUCAGCAUACUUGAUUUGGCCGGUUUGGUAUUCUCUCAUCCAGCAGGGGAAGCUCAGUGCAUGCUCACACUGAACGGUCUUUUUUUGUUUGUUUUUUUUAAUAGAAGAAAAUAGCCCUUGUACAAGUCCUCUAUCCCAGUGGUCGUGAGACAACCACCAGAAUUGAGGGUUUGGCUGUCCGGCUGCUCCAUCUAUGGGUGGGGAGUAGCUCCAUCUAUGGGUGGGGAGCAACAGCAGCUGGUAAUUGGGUCCAGCGUCCCUUGCGUACAUCGUACAGGACACAGUUUUCCUUUCAUCGUUUCCUGGGGCUUGGUCCCACUUACACGAAUUAAGCGAUAUUGACGGUAGAUAGCAAAGAUCAACGGCCAGAAUCUCUUAAUCCGUCCGUGCAAGUGGGACCUCGCCCCUGGGGUUGGCCAUGUCACUUCCAUCCGGAGCUGCUCCUUUAUCACAGUAAACGUUCUUUGGCUUU